AUGAGUUCUAUGAAAGCUUCUUUGCUUCUAUACUUUCUAUUUUUUCUCCAUCUCCAGCACUACUUUUUUCAAGCCACCUCACGAUCUACUACACGUUUAGCCACCGCUGAUCCAAGCCAUGUCAAUCUUCCGGUCCAGUCAGUUGAGUCGAAACAUGACGGUAACGCUUUUGCUGACAAAGCAGCGGAACUAGCUGUCGUUGUUAAGAAAGGAGGUGGCGGAGGUGGACACGGCGGAGGUGGCGGAGGUGGCGGAGGUGGACGUGGCGGAGGUGGACGUGGAGGUGGACGCAGCUCUGGUGGAGGAGGACGAGGAGUGUAUCCAGGUUUUGGAGUAGGUGGUGGACGCAGCUCUGGUGGAGGAGGACGAGGAGUGUAUCCAGGUUUUGGAGUAGGUGGUGGAUUUCAUCACCAUGGUGGUAACCGUUCAAGCGGCGACCGGAAAAGUGUUAGCGUUCUACUUGGUUUAUCGACUUUACUCGGUUUAGUUUUGGGUUUUUAG